AUGAGUUCCAACUUCAACUUCGGCCAGGGAUUCUACAGCGAGUCUUAUGAGGAAAGAAGUAAUCAAUCAUCUCAGAACAAUGCUCCCCCACCGCAAUGGGACUUCUACGCUUCCGCUCCCGCGAACAACAUACCUGCCGGGCCUCCACAAGGUUCCCGACCUACUGACAACACCAGCUUUCCCGGCUUCCCCGACUUGAGUCGUGAGCUCCAAGACCAGAUCAUCCAGUCCGCAUCUGUUGACGACGUAGAUAAACCCGUCAUGCGCUUCGUCGACCUCCACGAAGCCGUCCGCCACUACCCCGGCUGCCUCCGCCACCAGUGCCAGUGCUGUCGCACCAAGCCAACCUACAUCACAUUUCACCCACUCGUCCGCCGGCACAUCAGGUAUGAUCUGGAGUUCAGCGUUCUGUCUCACGCAACCAACAGCAGCUCAAGAGAGACUGACAUGGCCCACGUGAACCCGCGAUCCCGCCACUUGAUGCAGAUGUACCGCCGAAACGACCCCUUCCCCCAUCAGCAGGGUGACUGGCGCUACACCCAGAUCUCGCAAGAUGACCGUCAGAACGACAGGUACAUCGUAGGUGAGCCCUACCGCUGUGAGGCUCAUGACCUCGUCUUCGUCCGCAUCCCCACCCAAGACGCAUACUGCCCAGACGGCGACUCUUUCUUCCCCGUCAGAAAAGAGCAAGCCGGAAACAGCCCUCUCCUCAUGCCCACCGUGCCUCUUCCCACGCCUAUCGUGCCCGAUCCUUUGCUUGAGCAAAUGAAGGCCAUCGCCAUCUCUCUGUCGAAUUGGAAUGAUCUGGCCUACACCCAUGUCCUUCAGAAUUUGAACACCGAGAUGAAACGUCACCGUGCGUGGCGACUUCUCGCCGAAUAUGGCGUUGACAACGUUCUUGACGGGAACAUCCCAACCUACGCGCCAAGCGCAGACCAGAGCGAAGGCGACGACGCGGUUCCCGAUUUCCCCCAGCGCCAACUCUACCUCCCUUACACUCAACAGGAGAACAUGCACGUCCUCAUUGACAUCUUCACAGGGCUCGAAGAGGUCUACUUCGUCGACUUCAGUCUGAUGCGCGAGGACAUCGACCACGCAGCGAUCGAGAGAUACAAGCAGACCUAUUGUCGCAAGACGGACAAGUGCGAGGAGUGCGGGUACGAGCACGAGGGGUUCCCCAAGGUCUGGGGCGGUCUCGACGAGGUCGAGUUCAUGGAGGUCAGGCUGUGUGCUCUGAAUCAAGGCCCGCACGCGGUGUACCACGAUUUGAGCGAGUGGGAGGGCGUCAAGUCGACGAUCAGGACCAGUUUUCCAGGCAGAGGGGACACGGACUUCAUCGGGAACGACUGGCUGCGCGCGAUGCCGCAGCUGAAGCUCCUCGCGCCCGUCCUGAAGAGCCCGGCUUAUUCUGAUUUUCUGAGCAACGUCCCGGGUCAUGCGGAGUGUUCGUGGUAUCCGGGUGGUUGUUAA